AUGGGUCCACACGCCUCGAGCCCUUUUACUUGCACAUUCUGCUACGGAUCGUCCGAUGGCCCCCCUCACGUCCUCGGUCACGAGGCGCGCCUGACCUGCUCGCCCUGCCACGCGGCGCUCAUCGACCUCGCCAUCUGCUGGUCGGGCGAGAUGGGAUGCUGGCGAAGGCAGGGCCGGACAGCUGAGAAGGACCCCAGCGUCCAUUCGGUCAUCGAGUCGAGAUUCAUCUUCUCUCCGUCGAGCGGGAGACGGAUCGCACGACGGAGCCAGAGGGGGUCUGGCGACGCCGGUUACGGAUUCUACAAUAUACGUCUCCAUCAACGAUCCUAUAGGCCUACCAGCCUUCAAACCAAGUCCAACGAAGCCCAUACCGGUAUGGAUGCAGCCAUUUCGCGGGAUUCCACACUCAGAAGAGAAACAAGGGGCCAGCACGCUUACUCGUCAAUUGGCAAGUCUCGCGCAGACACCGGCCACGUCGACAUCAGGAACAUCGACUUUGGGAUCGGCAAAUUCACUUACACCGACCGACCGACCAACUACACCCCUUCGUCGUUCACCGCCUUUGCAAAGCCCAACCAGUUCCCAUCCCGUCUGGACGCCUCCUGA